UCCACCGGCUCUCACGCACUCCCCCAAGCCGCGGCGGACUCCCGGUCUCCGGGCAGCCUCAUCGCCCUCCCUCCGGUGGUCUCGCGGUCCGACAUCAUGCCCAUCUGUCGACGUGAUAGAGUUUGUCCGCCAGCAUCGGUCGCUGACGACGACAGGAUGCCAUCGCGGUCGGUGUGACAACGUAGAGUGAAACCGGGCCUGGUUUCACUCUAUGCGGGAGACAGAAGGAGGUCACCAUGUGCCGACAUCUGUCCAAAUAUGCCCUCGUCUUCAUCUUCCUCGCUCUGUCCGGCCUCAUUUUCCUGCUACACAACAUCCACACCGUGGAGAACUGGAACUGCCACACCAUUUCAGCCCUCUACCAGCUCGAGAGCAGGAUGCAGUCCUCCUUCAGUGCUCUGAACCUCCCCACCUUCAAUCACAACCGAACCUUCUGCGCCUAUCUGGGCCAGAAACCAUUUCCCGAAGAUGAACUGGAAGAGCGCUACCUGUUGGACUCCAUCGCCUGGCCCACGCCUCCGCCUGGCUCAAAGCCAACCCCCCUGCGCAAGACGAGUGACCCGGUGCACAGCCUGUUCGCCAUCCUCCCCACGAAGGGACGGAGGGAGUGGCAUUUGGGCGACGAGCUGGAGGCCCUCGUCCAAAUACACGACUUCCAGGGUCGUCCCAAGCACCACGGUGGGGAUUUCCUUCUGGCCAGACUGCACUCCCCGGAGCUCGGAGCGGGCGUAGCAGGUAAAGUGCUGGACCACAGGAAUGGAUUUUAUUCUGCCGUGUUCCCGCUCCUCUGGGAGGGGUCUGCGGAGGUGGAGAUUACGCUGGUGCACUCCAGCGAGGCCGUCGUUGUCCUGCGGCGGUUGAGGGAGGAACGACCAGAUCGAGUGUUUUUCAAGAGUCUGUUCCGCCUGGGCUUCCUGACGGAAACGACCGUGUGCAACAUGUGCCUGCCCUCGGACCAACAGCCUCUGUGCAACUACACAGACCUUUCCACGGGCGAGCCCUGGUACUGCUACAAGCCCAAGAUGCUCAGCUGCGACACCCGGAUCAACCACGCCAAAGGAGGCUAUCUGAAGCACCUCAUCACCAACAAAGAGGCGUUGCUCUUCCAGAGUGGUGUGAACAUUAAAGUUCGCAUUCACGCUUCAGGACCCGACAAAAUCAAUGUGCUGCCUCCCAGGAAAGGUAUGCUCCACCUGCAGAGUCACGUUUGCACUCUAUGCAUCAUGCCGCAUGCUUUGAUUCAUUCCAAUAAUUUUGAUUUUGUCUGCAACAUUUCUUGCUUUGUAUCAGAGGUAGAGGUAGAAAACAGCAGUGUAAACCCAGAACCUAGUAAGCAAGUGCCAUCUGGAUAUUUCUACGAGGACUCAUGGAGGCCAUUAAGUGGCGUCACAAUGCGCCAGUUCAAUGAAUCCUCUGCCGUCACUUAUUGUUUGAAGAACAAGGUGAUCAACAUGUACGGAGACUCCACCGUCAGGCAGUGGUUCGAGUACCUCAUUGCUUUAGCUCCAGGAUUAAAGGAGUUCAACCUGCACAGUCCUAAAAACGUUGGGCCUUUCAUGGCGGUGGACAGCGCCAAUAAUAUCCUCUUGAAGUACCGCUGCCACGGCCCGCCCAUCCGCUUCUCCACCGUCCUGUCCAGUGAGAUGCGGUACGUUUCCAACGAGCUGGACGGCCUCUCCGGGGGUCCCAACGCCGUCGUGGUCCUCAGCAUCUGGGCCCAUUUCAGCACCUUUCCCGUGGAGGUGUACAUACGGCGGCUCCGUCACAUCAGGCGGUCGCUGGUGAGACUUCUGGACCGAGCGCCGGGGACCGUCAUCGUGAUCCGCUCGGGCAACCUCCAGGCCCUGGACCCGGAGGUGAGCCUGUUCAACAGCGACUGGUACUCCCUGCAGCUGGACGCGGUGCUCCGGUCCAUGUUCAAGGGGCUCGACGUGCUGCUGGUGGACGCAUGGCAAAUGAGUUUGGCACACCAGCUUCCUCACGCUCUCCACCCACCCGAGGUCAUCGUCAAGAACAUGAUCGACAUGCUUUUGUCUUACGUUUGCCCCGAGAAGGAAAACAGCUGAUAUAGAAGAAGAGGGACACUCGCGGAUCUCGUGGAAGGGAAGUGAAGAGUUAAGUGUAUGAGUCUUUGUGCAGAUAACAUGUUUCCUUAAAGCUACACACCUUUAAAUACUCUCUUCACUGAGACUGGCCUGACUUCUAGUAUCGAUCUCUGUUUACUCGCCGGUUAUAUUUCAUUUUGAAUCCCACGAUACAAAUGUAUUCUGAAAAUGCCAAAGACUUUGGCAGAGGGAUUGUUACGGCCCAUGCUUUUGUUACCAAAGUUUUUAACCCUCCUGAUGCCUUCGGGUCAAUUUGACCCGAUUC